UUUCGUGCUUGCUGUAGUGGGAAGUUGGGGUGCUACAUCGUGUCAUGUCAGCGACUUCUAAGGCAGCUCUGGGGAUUUCUGUCCUUCUCUCGGGCGGAGCCAUUAUUGGUGUCCACGUCCAACAGAGACGUCUCAGAGAGAGAUUACAUGAAGGUGUAUACAGAGAUCUUGAAAGACAGAAAUACAAGGAAUAUUUUAAUCUUUUAGAUAAACAUACUACUUUGGCCAUACAACUUGAAACAGAGAAUAGCAAAAUGCUAAUGGCAAGAAAACCCCAAGCGUGAAA